CUGGAGCGAUGACCCAGGGUGCGCAAAAUGAUACGAGAUUCUCGCACUCAUGUUCACCUCGUGCAGGAAAUAUGAAUUGAAUAUAGGCAGGGGCUGGGAUGUUGCGCGAAGGUGCACUGUGAUUUCACGAGAAGUAGACUGGGGUGCGUAGAGUAAGAACUGGCUAGGAAAAAAGGAGGCGGAAGUCGCCCCAGCUAGACAGAUUGAUUGAUGUGGGAAGACGAGAUCGGUAGAGCGGAGAAUGAUAGAGGGGUGCCGGGACCCAGCCCGGUGGCCCGCUGACAAGCAGCUGAAGGCGGGACCUGCCGACCACACCCAGCUACCAAAUGGGUCGCACCGCAAAUAGGCCAUUCCCACACACAUCUAUCGCAUUUUGACAACAUAAAAGCAGAGCAGUCCCCCCUGGCUUGAGCUGUGUGCUGCUCCGGCGCAGAGCAGCGACACAGAAGCAUCACCCCACCGCAACAUUCACAACACUCCUGCAUUGAUCACACCGAAAGUUAGAUUAGUCCCAAUUCAUUCCUCUGAGCUCUUCCACUGAUCCACGCAUAUCCAAGAGUGUUUACUGUUCCACCGUUUUGCUCGUAAGGCUGCUUCGAUAACUUGGACGGUUUCGACUUUCAGUUGAUUGCUGCUGCUUAGCUAGUGGGUUGCAACAGGGGUGAAUGAUCUGUUUCGACGUGGGAUUCGGUUGAUUAGAAGAUGGGUGGAUUGGUGCCGAAUCAAAUAUUUGUGUUUCGAGAACUUCGGGGAGGUUCGUGACUUAUUUAGAUUCCUGUGGCGCGAUAGGGCUCGUGUAUUACGGAAUCGGACUAGGAGGUGGGGAACACAGGGACAGGGGAGGAUGUGAUGUGCGUAGUUUUGGCAAGAUGCGGUGUGCAGAAGACUUUGUGAACAUUCGAGCAGAAUACAGGCUGUGUGGGGAGCUAGAUUUCUCCUUCCAAGAGCUUCUCCGGAAGUUGUAAAGAUCUCGAAAGAUUGGGAUCUGUUACAGUGGCUUCGAUGGCGGGCCAUCGGAUGCAGAGUCGCCAGGUAUUUACAAGUAGUGUGGCAGUAGUUGCACUAUGUUUAGUGGGAUGGCAAAUGGAAAUGGCGGUUGCUGACGUUGGAGUGAACUGGGGGACGAUCUCAAGCGACCCGCUUUCGAACGAUAUCGUGGUGCAGAUGCUCAAGGAUAACAACUUUGUUAAAGUGAAGCUGUUCGAUGCAAAUUCGGAUGUAAUUGAAUCCAUGCGCGGAACAAACCUAGAGGUUAUGAUUGCGAUUACGAACGAAAUGCUUGCGUCCAUGGCAGCGAGCCCAGACGCGGCAGCCGCUUGGGUGAAGGCGAACGUUACCUCGCACCUCGGCACUGGCGGAGUCAAUAUAAAAUAUGUCGCAGUAGGAAACGAGCCCUUCUUGAACGGCUACAACGGCAGAUAUAUAGACGCUACUCUCCCAGCUCUGAAAAAUGUGCAAGCGGCACUCGCGGCAGCUGGUCUUGUGGACACAGUGAAGGCAGUGGUUCCUUGCAAUGCAGAUAUUUUGAGCGACAAUCCGUAUCCUUCCCAGCAAACAUUCCGAGCCGACCUCGCACCAGUUAUGUUGGGUAUCGCUGCGGCGUUGAAAAGCACCAAUUCGCCGUUCGUGGUUAAUUUGUAUCCCUUUCUCAAUCUGGUUCUCCAGGCCAAUUUUCCCAUCGACUUCGCAUUCUUCUCAGGAUUCGCCACCCCUAUCGUCGACGGGACUAGGGUCUACACCAACGUGUUCGACGCAGGUUUCGACGGGGUUGUGGGUGCAUUGAACAACGCGGGAUAUCCCAACAUGGCUGUCAUCGUGGGAGAGAUUGGCUGGCCAACUGAUGGUGCCAAUUAUGCAAACAUAGGAUUGGCGCAGAAAUUCAAUCAACAGCUGGUGAAUCACCUGGAGAGCGGUGUCGGAACGCCCCUUCGCCCUGGCAAAUUGGAAGCUUACCUAUUCGGUCUGCUGGACGAGAAUGCCAAGAGCACUCUUCCCGGAAACUUUGAACGACACUGGGGUAUCUUCAACUUCGACGGAACUAUCAAGUAUCCUCUUGACCUGACAGGUGGUGUGACUGGCAGGCAGACGUCGCUCGUGGGAUCGAAGAACGUCCCUUACUACCCGCAUCAAUGGUGCGUGUUGAAGACCACUGCGGACUUGUCAUUGCUGCCUGCCAACCUGGACUAUGCAUGCGCUCGUGCGGAUUGCACACCUCUGUUUUACGGAGGAUCAUGCAGCGGUCUUACCCUCCAUCAAAAUGCUUCGUUUGCCUUCAACAAUUACUAUCAAUUCAACAACCAACUCCAAGCCGCCUGUGAUUUUCAAAGUUUAGCACAGGUAGUCAACACCGAUCCAAGCGUAGGAACUUGCAAAUUUCUCAUAGGUGUGAGGCCGGGUAACUCACAGGCCAUCGCACCUCCCGAGAGCUCGAGUUCACGUAGCGGUGCGUCGUUAACGGUCAAUUGGCAAUAUUUAUUGACCUUCUUAAGCACAAUCAUCUACAAUUGUAGUCAAUUACUUCUUUUUCCAUAAGAGCAACCUAGGGUUUGGUGAAGAAUUGGUCUUUCACUUUUUCUCUUUC